ACUUUGAUCCGGGCUUGGUUUGGAAUUGAACGCUCUGACCGGCCCAGAGUCUUUGCAUCCUUCCGUCCUUUUUACGUUUCUGCCGAAGCAGACCCUCCACUUUACUCGACACUCGUUCGUCUACGCGAAACAAAGCCGCUUCGCGACGUCUCUCUCUCUCUCUCUGAGAUUCGUCGUCGUACUUCUCACGAUCUCUCUCUGUGUCUACACGUUUCGACAUGGAUUCGUAAAUCCCAACAGAAAUUCUCUAUGAUCCUUCCCGUUCCCAUGAUUAAGGCUCUUGUUUUCCUAUAAGUUCCCGCGUUGAUUCUCUUUCUGCUGUGAGACCCAGAUAAAAUUCCGGCGUUUCUCCCUUGGGUUCUGGGUUUCCUUGGGGAAGGGUCGUCUUGAAGUAGCUCUUGAUCUGUGUACUGUAUACAGGUUUUGACCGUCGGGAAGUCUGGUCGUCGAUUGCUCCGAGGUUUGGGUUGCUUUUCCGGCGACGAUACAGGGGUCGUACCGAGCCCUGUAGUGAUUUCGGGUUCUGGGUUUUCGAUUUUAAGGGUUUAUAUUUGAAAAAGUUGCAGAAGCUGUUGGUUCAGUAACUUCAGUUGUUUAACUGGAGUGUUCGGUUGCUUCAGGGUGUUGGAAUUUUCGGCUUAGUGAAGUAUACGGUGGAUUGAGACUAGCCAUUUCCUACCGGGGAAUGUUAGAUACUUCUGGUCGGAAAACACAGCGGGUCUAAGGCUCUGUGUUUUUGCGGUUUAGAGGAAGAACAUUAAUAGUUGACUUGGAUUGCCACAACAAUCGAGUUGUCGACUCUGAUCAAUUUUGGUGGUUUAGAGGAUGACAUUGUUGGGUUGAUGUCUGUUUCUGCAUAUAGGUUUUGUUGAUAAGUCUGGAGAUUGAAAUUGCUUAGUGUAAGGAUGCAGUCUAGGGUUGUACAGUUGGAGGAUGGUAAGGAAAAUGGGGUCAUUGGGACAGGCCGAGGAGGGCAGAACAAGCCGGUGUCAUUCAAAUAUCUUCUACUACUGGGAGUGUUUCUAUCUUUCUCUAUUGCCUUCUUUAUCAUUAGUGUAUCAAUGGUCAAGUAUUUCGGGAUUCACACCACAGUCGCUUCUGGUUUCGUGCCGUGCCAUGGGGAAGAGAAUGGUCUGGACAGAUGGAUAAGACCUCCGUCAGAUCUGAUGCACGAAAUGAGCGACGAAGAGCUCCUUUGGCGGGCAUCUUUCGUGCCCCGGAGAAAAGAAUACCCUUUUAACAGAGUUCCAAAGAUUGCGUUUAUGUUCUUGACGAAGGGGCCGUUGCCUCUUUCGCCUCUUUGGGAGAGGUUUCUCAAGGGAUAUGAAGGGCUUUACUCAGUUUACAUCCAUUCUCACCCUUCUUUUACAGCCAAGUUUCCGCCUUCUUCUGUUUUCUACCGCAGGCAGAUCCCGAGUAAGGCCGCUGAAUGGGGGAGAAUGACAAUGUGUGACGCAGAGAGACGGCUUCUCGCCAACGCCCUACUCGAUAUCUCGAACGAAUGGUUCGUUCUCCUGUCCGAGACAUGCAUACCUCUCUUCAACUUCACCACAAUCCACCGAUACAUAACCAAAUCCAAACACAGUUUCGUCGGUUCGUUCGACGAUCCUGGUCCCUACGGCCGUGGCCGCUACAACAGCAGCAUGGCCCCUGAAAUGGACAUCACUCAGUGGCGAAAAGGGUCGCAGUGGUUUGAAGUAAACCGAGAGCUGGCGGUCACGAUCGUCAAGGACACCGUGUAUUACCCGAAAUUCAGAGACUUUUGCCGACCCGCUUGCUACGUGGAUGAGCAUUACUUCCCGACGAUGUUGAAUGUCGAGAAACCAGGGCUCUUGGCCAACCGGAGCGUCACUUGGGUGGACUGGUCACGAGGCGGAGCCCAUCCGGCAACGUUCGGCCGUUCAGACAUGACGGAGGAUUUCUUUGGGAGGAUCCAUGGUGGUCGUAACUGCAGUUACAACGGUCACAACACUUCCAUGUGUUAUCUCUUUGCACGGAAGUUUGCUCCCAGUGCUUUGGAGCCUUUGCUUCACUUAGCUCCCAAGGUCCUGGGAUUUUGAUGAACCCGGAACUCGAACUCAGAUAUCGGAAAUUAGAUUGAGGAAAAAUGGAUAGUUUAAUAAGAAUUACAAUGAUUAUUUUAUUUUUUAUUUUAUUUUUGAUGUUUUGUUAAAUGAAAUUGAUUUCAGAAUUUGGUUA